UAUUCCUUUUCCAUCAAAGUCAAAAAUGUGUUGGUAGUUUGUAUUGUCUUUGGUACAGCACAUCUCAAUAAACAACUCGCAAUAAACAACUAACUUCCAAAUUUCAAAGUAAAGUGAUGCAGCGCAUAGCUUCGGUGAAGUCAAGUAACAUAAAGACAUCCAUUUCCGUACUUCACGCGGAAAAGCCCCACAAUGUGGCCAAGACUACUCCCGCUGCUGCUAAUCUACCAGAUCAUAAAGUUUCCGAGAAGACGCCGGAGAAGUCGGAAUCGAAACCGAAGUGCCCGCCAAAUCGAAGCACUGGACUAUCGAGUGCUAGGCCUCAAAUGGUGAGAAAAGCCAAUGUGGGUCUUACUCCCAGGCCAGGUUCCUUGCCAGGCUCCGCAGCCACCAGGAGCACUGCCUCCAGUAGGAGCCACCAUUUCUGCAUUCCCGUACGGAGCUCUUAUACUGUAACCAGCCGCGCCCGCCGCUCCCACGACCACGGAGUCUUCCUGUACCAUCUGUCCCAGUUGGAGCAGACCGGAUUCGCCAAAAGUGCGGUGGAUCCCAUGAAGUCCGUGCCAGCAGCGGAGCUGCAACUGCUGCACAGUGGCCAGCGGACCAGCUACCUGGAGAGGCGUUACGAGCGCAGCCCGGACGACAAGUACAACUAUCCGGAGGCCACCAGCUGGCGAUAUGGCUGGUUCCACCGGGAGUCCGAUCCCCUGCAGAAGCGAGUGCCCCGGCGAGAUUAGAACAGCAUGUCGUGCUCGUCCAUUUCAAUGAAAUUCUUCGCUUCAGGGGAGCCUCUAAAAUAUUUGGCUAUUAAAUGAAAUUGAUAUAAAUAAAAAAUUUACGGAUAUUGUUUAGAUAAAAAAUUUA